UUGGGCGUCUGUGCGAGCAAAACUGGCUGGAACCAGAUCUGUCUUUAACCCAUUGCUUGCCCCACGAGGGGUAAAGGGGAAGCGCGUGUGUGUACAAGUAAAGCGGAUUGAAGAGUUCAAACAAGAGGACGCACUUUUAUACUAGGAGUACGCGCACACAGAAAUGGUGCUGUGUGGACUCAGGGGACCACAUUUCUUGGGGCCCAACAUAUACACUGAGCCCCCAGACGGAGGCUGGGGAUGGGCAGUGGCCGUGGCCUUUUUUAUCGUGGAGAUCUUUACCUAUGGCACCAUCAAGAGCUUUGGCAUUUUCCUCCAAGUGCUGAUGGAGGAGUUUGAGGAGAGCAACAGCAGAGUGUCCUGGAUUGUUUCCAUCUGUGUGUUUGUCAUGACCUUUAAUGGUCCUCUUUCCUCUGUGAUGACCAACCGCUUUGGGUAUCAACUUGUUGUCAUGCUCGGAGGUUUACUAAUUUCCUCAGGAACCAUUGCUACAAGCUUUACUACCUCCGUCAAUCAAAUGUACAUCACCUAUGGUUUAGUAGCAGGUCUUGGAUACUGCCUGACCUUUUUACCCACAGUGACAAUCCUAUCACAUUAUUUUACCCGGCGCAGGUCACUGGUCACUGCCAUAGCAUCGACUGGAGAGGCCCUGUCCAUGUUUGCUCUAGCCCCUGCUUUCUCCUCUUUGAGGGACCUUAUCGGCUGGCGUCACACCAUGGCAGUGAUAGGAGCUUUGCAAGGCUCCAUCAUAAUUUGCGGUGCUCUGCUUCGGCCAAUCAUCAUCCAACCAAAGACAAGCCAGGAUUCAAAGAGUGAAAAAUAUUCAAAUCACGUGGAAGCCCAAAGGCCUCAUGAGAAGCAUGCAAUCAAAGACGACUGUAUUGUGAACAAACAAAACACUGAUCAUGAGCUCAACGGAGAUGUGGUUAGCUACUCUGAUGUCAAGGAUAAGAAGGUGAACUCUGACCAAGAAGAGAGGACUUUAUUAACAGAGAAAGUAAAUUCAGAGUUGCCGCCAGGUCUAAAUAAAGACUUGGAAGGAGAGGAAACCCGGAUGAAUGAUGUCGAGAAACAAGUGAACAAAGCCAAUGAGAGCAAAAAUGCUGAAAAACCUGCUAGGAACUUUAAACUAUUGGAUUUCUCCAUUCUUAAAGAGUGUAGCUUUAUCUUGUACUCGCUCUUUGGACUGUUUGCCACACUGGGGUUUUUCGCACCUCAACUCUACAUCAUCGAGUUGAGCGUAAGUCGAGGCGUUGAGCGGGAUCGCGCCACUUACAUGCUCUCCACCAUGGCGGUAGCUGAAAUUGUCGGUCGCUUUUUCAUCGGAUGGCUUCUGACACAGAAUCGACUCCAGCAGAGGAAACUCCUCGUCCUCUUGGCUUGUGUCAUUUCCAUGACGGUGGAUCUAGUGGGGUUCACUCUAGUCACAGAGUUUUACGGCCUUGCGGUUUGUUGCGCUGUCUACGGGUUCUUUAUGGGGACCCUCGCAUGCACGCACAUUCCCAUGCUGGCGGAAGAUGACGUGGUGGGAUUGGAGAGGAUGUCUUCUGCUGCUGGAGUCUAUGUGUUCAUACAAAGCUUUGCUGGCCUGGCUGGACCCCCACUUGGAGGUGUAUUAGUGGAUAUGACUCAGAACUACGGAUCUGCCUUCUACUCCUGUGCAGCUGGCAUGGCGGUGAGUGCUGUGUUCCUGGGCUUAGUGAGACCCGCCAAGAGAGGACUACUUUGCAGGAAGAGGAAAUUAAGACUAAAUGAAGACAUGCCUGAUGAUGCGAAAUGGGAAUCCAAGGAAAAUGCUGACUUGAACAAAGCCUAUAAAGCACCAGACAAUACUGAGGUUAGCUCAGAUGCACGUGAAGAACCAAGUAAGAGUAGAAACUGCACUACAUGAUCUGCACUUACUUGUGUCUCUCAAGCUGAUCACAACGGUGAAUAAGAAAGAAUAUGCUUGAAAAAUGCGGUAACAAUUGUUUACAAUGCUGACCUGGUCGUGUGCAGGGGAUCAGAAAUCUAACACACAAUUGUGACUUGACUACCUAAUGUACCAUUAAGUGUUCCUUGAGCUAGGUAAUAUACUGUACUAUUGUAUUAGUAAUAAUUUACAAAAGCUUUUAAGUCUUCAGGGAAUCAAGGACAAUUAUGAAGUGUAAUUAUCAGAUGGUCGUCUAUAUCUAAUGUUAGCCGGUCAAACUGUGAAGGAAAUGUAGCAGAAAAUACAUGAAAUUGCACAGCUUCUGUAACAUGAACUCUAGUGUUUGUGUUAUUUGAACAUUUGCCAAGCUCAGGAGAAAUUCGUAAUUGAUGUUUGUUUUCGAACAAAGGUGCACAUGUGACAAAUCAAAGAUGAAUUAUUUUUGUAAUAAAAAACAUGUUCACUCGCAAUAAAGCAAGAGUGAUUAGAACCUUUUAAUCGUAGUAUUUUGUACUUGACUGUAUAUGAUAUGAUAAAUAUAACAUAUGCACCCCCUACUGAUGCCAUGAAGCAAACAGUCA